AUGAAUAAAUCAACUUCUGGAAGUCAUAUAGCAAACAAGGAUGACGUAAAUAUAAAUGGUGCUGAUAUAUCCAUGAAAAAAGAUUAUUUUUCAACAAUGUCGCUGGAAGAACGUCGAAGAAUGGAAGAACAACAACGUUUACUUUUGGCUCAAAUACAAGAACAAAGUGAUAGUGACGACGAUAGUUAUGACGAUGAUCCUGAUGAUUUUAAUUCUACCCAUAAUUCUUCAAUACUCUCAUUGAUUUCUUCUUAUGCUAGUGAAUAUGUUGACAUUCAGCGUGAUGCUUUUAAAGAUGUCAAGGAAAUUGUACCUCUCACCCCUCUCACCCCAAAACCUCUUAUCUCUCCUACUUCUCCAAGAUCUGUCUCGCUUGGAAAAAUAAAUCUUGCUUCUUUGAAAGAUGCUUUAAAUCGUCCGAGAAAUUCAAAACAUCUCAGGAAUUUAAGUGAAAUGAACAUCUCUCCUCCUAAUAUAAACGAUCCUAUUCUAUUUGAAUCUAAAGUUGCUAAAUGGUCUUCUUCCUCUCCUCUUAAAAAAACUUCAAAUAAAUAUUUUAUUUUAACAAGAAAUUGUUUAUGCGCUUUUAAAAAUGCCGAUAAAGCUGCUAAAAUUUUUGAUGGCUUACCUCUUUGUACUUUACCAAGAAGAUUAAAUGGUGAUAGAAAAUUAAGUGCCGAUAGUAGUAAUAGCUCAAUAGAUAGUUCUGGUACAUUGGAUUCAACUACAAGAACUUUACCCGCUGAAAAUAUUAUUCUUUGUCUACCUACUAUUUUUGCCAUUACUGAACAACUCACUCCGGAUCCUCAUAUAAGGAUUGAUUAUAUGUCUUCUCUAAAAAAACAACUUACUGUCUCUAUAACUGCUCCUGAUCUUCAAAAACAUCGUCAAUGGCUCACUGUUUUACGUUCCGCUGUUCACAAUUCUAAUCCAAGAGGUCCUUUCUUGACUUAUGAUCAACGAGCUUGGUUAAAAACCAAAUUAAAUUCAUUAGAUGAUUUGGCUGAUGUAAAUGAACAUAAGUUAGUGGCUUAUAGAGUCUUACUUAAAUCUUUAUCCAAUGAAGAUCAAGAUGGUCAAUCCGAAAAAGAUCCUAAAAUUCCUGUAUUCUUGAUAUUAGGCAAAAAUAAUUUUUAUAUAAUUCCAAGUAAUUUAAAAAAUGAUGGAACUCCAAGUGAAGAUAAUCGUAAAAGUAAUGAUUUCAAGAUCUCAUCUGCAAAAAAUUCUAAUUUAAUAAAAGAAAUUGAUUUCUGGAAAUAUAAAUAUCCUUUAUUAUGUAUCACUGACAUUCGUUCAAAUAGUAUCGAUGAUACUCUUUUAAUUAAUUUUAAAAACAAUUCCUCGAAACGAACUAUCAUGAUUUCUUCUCUUUUAAGUGAAACUAUCGCUAAUGAAUUUAAAUCGAUUAUCGAUUCAAUUACCUUUUGGUGGACUUACAAAUCAAAUCCUACUACUCCAAUUUCUCCUGAUUCCUCUUUAACUUCUCCUACCGGAAAAAUGUCUCAAGAAACUGGUGUAGAAAGAAUGAUCGAAGCUCAAUGUCAUGUAUUAAACAUAUCUAAAUCUAGAAUAUCCUUUCAAAUCGAAUACGUUCUUGGUUCGGAAAAUGUUCAACUUGGAUUAGGUGUUGAUAAUCUACCAUUUAGAUUCGUGUUACUUCCUCCAAAAGAUGAAAAAAAUGAUGUUUAUACUACCGAUGAAUUAAUGGCCAUAUUUAAUUCUUUAAAAAAUCAUCCGUUACUCUCGGAAAUUAUUUUAAGUAACAUCAAUCUAUUUGAACUUCAAAUUCAACAAAGCUCUUCGGGAUCUAAUAUGCUUGCAACUGUAUUACAUGAUUUAAUAAUAUCAAGUUCUAAUUUAAAAUCAUUAAACUUAAGAUCUUGUGGAAUCACAAGUGAAACUAUAUCCGCGAUCGGAAAUGCUUUGCUCACCGGAAAGGCUGGAUUAGAACGAUUAAUAUUAAGUGAUAGUUCUAUAACAAGAGAUAGUGCUCAAACAUUAGCAAAUGGAAUAAAGAAUCAUACGACAUCAAUUAAAGAACUUGAUAUUUCAAAUUGUAAAUUAAAUUUUGAUGGUUUAGUAUCAAUCCUUCAAUCACUUCAAUCACAACAACCAAAAGAUCUCGAAUCUUUAAAUAUUUCAAAUAACAUGUGUGAUAUUGAUGAAAACAUUUUAGCUGAUUUACUUUCAAAAUCCAUAAAUUUACGUUCAUUAUAUUUCCGUAAUUGUUUGAAAUUCUUUAUUGGAACAAAACCUAUAAUUUCUUUGGAAACUCUAGGUGAAACAAGACUUACGACAUUAGAUUUGGGUGGGAUUCCAUUGAACAAUAAAUCUCAUUUACUUUCAUUAUACGCAUAUAUUCGAUCUCCGGCAUUUGCUAAAGUUAAAUACUUUAGCAUUGAUCAUUGUAAUUUAGAUGGUGAAGCAUUAGCUUUAAUACUUUCUUAUGUUACCACAUCACCAAAUUAUGAAAAUAUUAGAGUUUGGGCAGGAGGCAAUUUCAUAGCGAGAACACCUGCUAGUUGUAAAGAAUUUUGUUAUGCUGUGCGUAACGAUUGGACUCCUGUUUGGUUAUCAUUGGAAAAUUCUCUAAUAGGUUCAAAUGCUGAACAAGUGGUUGAAAUUCUAUCUUCAUUUUGUGAAAAUACUGUUAUAAAAUAUUUAGAUUUAUCAAAUCCUCAAUUUAUAUUUAAUGCUAAUGAAUCAUUUACUCAAAAUCCUCAAAUAAUGAUGACUAUUAAAACUGCUUGUGAUGUUCUUGGAAGACUGUUUAGAGAAAACAAAAAUAUUUUGGAAUUAAAUUUACAAGGUACCGCUGAUCGAAAAUGGGGUCCCUUUUUGGGUUCGCAACUAUCGGGUUUGGAGAAGAAUGCUCAAUUGGAAAAGUUGAAUAUUGAAGGAAAUGCUAUUGGUGAUCAAGGCAUAAAAUCUUUAAGCGAAGCUUUAAAAGAAAAUGUAUCGCUUAAAAGUUUAAAUAUUGACCAAAAUGAGAUCGGAAUUGAAGGAUAUGUGUCCCUGCAUCAGGUUCUAAUAUCUCGUCAAAACACCACACUUCAAAGUCUCGGAUAUCCAUUUAAAGAUUUACAAACUCAUGAUGAAAAUUUGGAUGCCAAAUUACCAAUGUCACCAAUCUCUAAAACGAUCAACUUCAAACAAAUAAUUGAUGAAAUUAUGUUUGCCAUUGAAGAAAAUUUGUAUAAAGUGUCAAAGACUGCAAUGCUUAGUAAUACCUUAAAACAAUGA